AUGAAUCUUGGAUCAAGAACAGAGGUUAUAUACAACCAUUACCCUCAAAAGCAGGGUGAUCCUCAAUCACAAUAGUUCUAUCAGCCAUUGAUGAGUGAUAAUCCAUACUUAAAUCACUAAAAUCAACAUCAAUAGCAAAGUCUGUAUCCUUAACUACCUCCACUUUAUAACACGUAAAAUCCAAGCAAUUCACUUGCAAUUCCUUUAGUUUACAGCCCCAUAAAUGAUGAUGAAUACAAGAAAACUAAAGAGUAAUCUUUGAUUGACAAGUAUAGAAAACAAAUAAAAUGCUUGCUCAUUACAAUCUUGGUUCUUCUAAUUAUAGCUGUGUUGGCUUAUGGAUUAUUUGAAAUCAUUGAUGAAUAUCAUGACGAUAGAGACAAUAAAGAUUAUGAUGAUGAUGAUCACUACAUCAGAAGAUUUUUCAGAGGUGAUUAAAGUGACUAAAAUGAAAGAAGGUAUAGAGAUUGA